AUGACUGGUACAGAAGAAAUCACAACUCCUCUGAUUGGUCAACACAAGAACCAGACCUCUUCCAAUGUUGCCUCUUCCUCCUCCACUUCGGUGGACUCCAAGGAGAACUCUCCGAUCGAGCAAGUUGCACUUACUGUACCAACGACAGAUGAUCCUACUGUCCCUGCUGUCACCUUCCGCACAUGGACACUUGGCACUCUCGCUUGCAUCAUCCUCUCCUUCCUCAACCAGUUUUUCUGGUACCGCCGAGAACCACUCUCCAUCACCUCCAUCUCUGCUCAGAUCGCAGUGAUCCCUCUUGAAAAUAUUUUUCAAAGGGAAAAAUGGGAGUUCACGUUAAACCCUGGACCGUUUAACGUGAAGGAGCAUGUGUUGAUCACCAUAUUUGCUAAUUCUGGUGCUGGAAAUGUUUAUGCCAUUCACAUUGUUAGUGCUGUUAAGCUAUUUUACAAGAAGGAGUUGACGUUUUUCGUGGCGUUGCUAGUAGUUUUAACGACGCAGGUGCUGGGGUUCGGGUGGGCUGGUGUGCUUAGAAGGUACUUGGUGGAGCCUGCUGCUAUGUGGUGGCCGCAGAAUCUUGUUCAAGUUUCUCUCUUCAGGGCAUUGCAUGAGAAAGAGGAACGGAGUAAAGGUGGAUUAACACGGAAUCAGUUCUUCAUCAUUGCUUUCGUUUGCAGCUUUGCUUAUUAUGUCUUUCCUGGCUACCUUUUCCCAAAAUUGACUUCCAUAUCCUGGAUCUGUUGGAUAUUCCCUGCUUCCAUCUUAGUCCAUCAACUAGGUUCAGGGCUCCAUGGUCUUGGGAUUGGUGCCUUUGGAUUUGAUUGGGCCACCAUAUCCUCUUACCUUGGGAGUCCCCUGGCCAGUCCAUGGUUUGCAACUGCCAAUAUUGCUGUUGGUUUUGUGCUUAUUAUGUAUGUCAUUGCCCCUACGGCAUAUUGGCUCAAUAUUUACAAGGCCAAGAACUUUCCUAUAUUCUCAGAUGGCCUCUUCACCUCUACUGGCCAGAGUUACAAUAUCUCAGCUAUCAUAGACCCAAAAUUCCAUAUCGACAUGGAUGCAUAUGACCGUCAAGGCCCUCUCUACCUCAGCACCAUCUUUGCUAUGAUUUAUGGUUUUAAUUUUGCCUGCUUGACUGCCACUGUAGUUCAUGUUUUCCUCUUCCAUGGCAGGGAUAUAUGGCAACUAAGCACCUCUGCUUUCAAAGACAAGAAAUUGGAUGUGCAUACAAAGCUAAUGAGGAAAUACAAUCAAGUCCCUGGAUGGUGGUUCUUGUGCAUCCUUCUUUUAAACAUAGCAGCAACGAUAUUUACAUGUGAGUACUACAAUGAGCAACUCCAAUUGCCAUGGUGGGGUGUCUUGUUAGCCUGUGGUAUUGCUGUAUUUUUCACCCUUCCUGUUGGAGUCAUCACCGCUACAACAAAUCAGACACCAGGCCUAAAUGUGAUAACAGAAUAUAUCAUUGGCUAUUUGUACCCAGGAUUUCCUGUUGCUAACAUCUGCUUUAAAGUGUAUGGAUACAUCAGCAUGAAACAAGGCAUCACCUUUUUGCAAGAUUUCAAGCUUGGUCAUUACAUGAAGAUUCCUCCGAGAGCCAUGUUCAUGGCACAGGUGCUUGGUACUAUAGUAUCUGCAUUGGUACAUUUAGGAACUGCAUGGUGGCUAAUGGAAACCAUCCCAAAUAUCUGUGAUCGUGAAUUGCUUCCGCCAGGAAGCCCGUGGACUUGCCCAAGCGACCAUGUGUUCUAUGAUGCGUCGGUGAUCUGGGGUCUUAUCGGUCCUCGCAGAAUUUUUGGAGAUCUCGGCCAUUAUUCAGCCACCAACUGGUUUUUCUUAGGUGGGGCUAUAGCUCCUAUCCUGGUUUGGCUUGCACACAAGGCCUUCCCUAGCAAGGAUUGGAUUAGACUUAUCUCCAUACCGGUACUCUUAAAUGCUACACUUAACAUGCUGCCAGCUACUGCUGUGAACUAUACUACAUGGGUUGUUUUCGGAUUCGCUUCAGGCUUUAUUGCUUUUAGGUACUAUCGUGACUGGUGGAGUCGCCAUAAUUACGUGCUGUCUGGGGCGAUGGAUGCUGGAUUAGCCUUCAUGGCAGUGUUUCUAUACUUGUGCUUGGGGAUGCGGCAUGUUAGCCUCGAAUGGUGGGGAAGCGAGUCAGAAGGAUGCCCGUUAGCUUCUUGCCCAACAGCACCGGGGAUCAUGGUUAAAGGUUGCCCAGUUUUUUAA